UUGGGUCACGUAAUGUUAUCAUGAUCAUGACUUUCACAAGAAAUAGUCAGUAGUGUCGAAGGAGCACCAAGGUAGUUAUCAUUCAGCAAGUUAGUUUCUUCUAGAAUAGAAUACUCUUCUUUGCUGAAGAUGACGCUAGGAGGACGCUUGCUCCGGCUUGGGCGUCAGUUCAGCGGCAACCAGCCGGCACAUCUCCUGCGUUAUGGGUGUCUCCGCUGCUCGUCUGACUCGUCCCAUUUUCCUAAUGAACGUAUCCGCAACGUUGGAAUCUCAGCCCAUAUUGAUUCUGGCAAGACCACUCUAACUGAGCGUGUCUUGUUCUACACGGGUCGAAUCAAUGAAAUGCACGAGGUGCGCGGUAAGGAUGAAGUCGGCGCUGUCAUGGAUUCUAUGGAGUUGGAACGUCAGCGUGGUAUUACAAUCCAGUCUGCGGCUACUUACUCAACUUGGAAGGAUGUCAACAUCAACAUCAUUGACACACCGGGUCACGUUGACUUCACUGUAGAAGUAGAGCGUUCACUGCGUGUUCUGGAUGGUGCAAUCCUCGUCCUGUGCGCUGUGGGCGGUGUACAGAGUCAGACUCUUACUGUAAACCGACAGAUGAAGCGCUACAGUGUACCAUGUGUAGCAUUCAUCAACAAGUUAGACAGAUGGAAUGCUAGUCAUACUCGUACAAUACGAGCCAUGAGGAAUAAGCUGGGUCACAAUGCUGCCUUUGUUCAGCUUCCUAUUGGCCUUGAAUCCGACUUUUCAGCCAUCAUGGACAUCGUUGAAGAGGAGACGCUGUACUUUGAAGGUGACCAUGGCAUGCAAAUCAGAAAGGGGCCUAUCCCUGAUGAUAUGCUUGAUGAGGUCAAGCAGAAGCGCCAGGACCUUCUAGAGUGUCUUGCUAACGUCGAUGAGGAGAUUGGAGAGCUUUUCCUCGAGGAGAAGGAACCAACAAAGGAGCAGCUCAAGGCUGCGGUUCGUAGGAAUACCAUUGCUCGUAAAUUUACUCCAGUCUUUGUGGGAUCCGCAUUGAAGAACAAGGGUGUACAGCCGUUGUUGGAUGGAGUGCUUGACUACUUACCACAUCCUGCAGAAGUCAACAACACUGCUCUUGUUGUUGGGGAAGAGGCCAAGAAAGUCUCCCUGGAUCCCAAGAGAGAGGAUAUUACCAAGCCCUUCCUGGGUUUGGCAUUCAAGCUUGAGAACGUGAAGUAUGGCCAGCUGACUUACAUGCGUAUCUACCAAGGCAUGUUGGAGAAGGGCACUACCCUGAUUAACACGCGUACUGGCAAGAAGCUUCGUGUACCGCGAAUUGUGCGCAUGCACAGCAACAACAUGGAGGACAUCGCAUCCGUACGGGCCGGUGACAUUGCUGCUUUCUUUGGAGUGGAGUGCAACUCUGGUGAUACCUUCAUGCCACAGAAGCUCGACCCUCCCCAUAAGCAGUUAACUAUGGAAUCCAUGUUUGUUCCCAAUCCGGUCAUCUCCUUGGCUGUCAAGCCUGAUAGACCUAGUGACAACGACAAAUUUGCAAAGGCCGUCGGUCGCUUUACAAAGGAGGACCCGACAUUCAAGGUUCACUUGGAUGAAGAGUCAAAGGAGACUAUUUUCUCCGGUAUGGGUGAGCUGCAUUUGGAUAUCUAUGUCGAGCGUCUGAAGAGAGAAUAUGAUUGCCCGUGUGUGGCUGGUCGACCACGUGUUGCGUACCGGGAGACGUUGUCAGGUGAAGUCUCUUAUGACUACAUGCACAAGAAGCAGACAGGCGGUCAUGGCCAGUUUGGUCGUGUCAUUGGUCACUUCGAGCCUCUACCCAAGGAGCUUCUCAACAAGGUGGAGUUUCUUGACAAGACAGUUGGUGCCGUCAUUCCCAAGUCCUACAUGCCAGCCAUCGAGAAGGGCCUGCGUGAGGCUGCCCGUGAGGGUGUCAUGACUACCUACCAGAUUGGUGGAGUGAGAAUGGUCCUAACAGAUGGUGUUCAGCACGAAGUUGACAGCAGUGAUGCUGCAUUCAGCAUCGCCUCCAAGAGCGCUGUAAAGCAAGCAUUCCGCAAGGGUAGCACUGUUCUCAUGGAGCCUAUCAUGAGCUGCGAGUUCUCCUACCCCAAGGAGUUCAACAAGAAUGUACUGGCACUGAUCAGUAAGCGACGUGGUGUCCUCAACACCUCGGAACUCCAGGACGAUUACAUGGUAGUCGACGCUGAUGUACCUCUCGAUGCCAUGUUUGGCUGCUCAACUGACCUCCGUGCCUGCACACAGGGCAAAGGUGAAUUUGCUAUGGAGUUUGCACGUUAUGAGCUGGCUCCUUCCGGUGUCCAGGCUGACAUCUUCGCAGCAGCAGAGGCUGAGAGGAACCCAAACCUCAAGAAGAAGAAGAAGUAAGCCAUGCAGGGCCAACUCUCUUUCUUUCCCGGAGGGUAUGCUUCCAAACAUAAGAUCCAGCUACAGAACACAAGACGCCCCAGCCCCGCAUCAUAUUACCAUCAGUUGGGAGUGAGAACCAUGUGCCAUAAUCGCCAGUGGAGCCGUCUCAACACCUCCGUAUCAUAUGACCGAAAUGAUUAGUGGUUUAGUUUGCAGUGAUCUUCUUUAUAAAAUGUCAUCAAGUGUAUUUAAAAACUUUCAUCUGGACUUUCCUUCAUGAAAGGGACAACACGAAACAACAGGUACAGUACCUUAUUCUAGCUGCUGCUCUCUUCUUUUUAUAGUAUUUAUUUCUUAUCUUUCCUAAGCCUGCAAUGCCUGAAAUUGUAUGGCUGAGGUAGUCUGUACAGGUGUAUGGCUGCCUGCCUAGCCUGCUGUUUCUGGCUUGCUAUCUACACGGUCAUGUGUCACAGUGUAUGCGAACUGUGUGCUUUCAUGGCACUGCGGCGCCUUGGUUGUCUUGCGAAGCAGGCGAAAGUUGCAGCUGCUGAGGCUUCGGCUUGGAAUGGGCUGUUGCUGACCUGCUAGUGAUCACAGAGUUUCUCACUAGCACACGCUGGUUGUGCUGCUCUCUCGCUCUUCUUGUUUGGCCUUCUGCUCUAUUAUCAUCAAACCGCAGGAGAUCGAUUAUUUCAGUCCACUGAGUGGAGUGUUGCCAGUGCUUUA